AUGGAGAAAGGUCAAGCUAUUUACUCUGGAGAUUCAGGAUCAAAAUCUCAGCAGAGCACCAAAGAACACAAAUUUACAGGACAUUCAUAUCCUACGGGGAAGAUCCAGGCGAUUGGAGACAUAUUCCAGUUCACAGUCGAUGUGAGUGAAUUUCCUCCAGAGGAUGUUAUCAUCACAUCCUCAAACAACCUGAUAGAGGUCUAUGCUGAGAAGCUUGGAGAAGAUGGCACAGUCACAAAUACAUUUUCCCACCGAUGUGAACUACCAUCAGAUGUGGACCCCAUGUCUGUGACCAUGACCAUGGAGAGCAGUGGGGUCUUGACUGUCAGAGCUCACAGGAUGUAA